GGGAUGGCAGCACUCGCUACCCUCAAUGGAAAAAUCGUCCUUAUCUUCUAUGGGCUGAUAGACUGUGCUGCCACCAUUCUGUUCUUCAACCUCUUUCUGCAACGCAUGAUAACGCUGAUUACAUUCCAAACACGUAGAUGUCAAAAGCAAAAGAGUAAAAGACACGUCCCCAAUUUGAACACACCACCAGAACAUGGAGAUCAGCAGGUGGACUGGAAACCUUCUGUUUACUAUGUAACCCUAAUUUUGGCAACAGUUGUGAUUCUGGUGAAAUGCGGAGCAUCAGGUCUGUACUCAGCUAUGGAGGAUUGGAACUACCUAGAGUCUAUGUACUUCUGCUUCGUGGCUUUCAGUACCAUGGGUUUCUGGGACAUGGCGAGCAGACAGAAGGCCCACUAUGAAGCACGUUUGAUCUAACAGAUAGCCAACUCUUUAAUGAUCAUCCUUGGAGUGAGCUGCACCUACUCUCUUUUCAGUGUCACUGCCAUCAUCAUGAAAAAGAUGCUGAACUGGAUUUUGGACAAGCUGUUCAGUCUGCAUUGCUGUCGGUCUCGUGGCUGCUGCUCCAUCACAAGUCUGAAAUUCAACGAACUGGCCAAUCAGCAGAUCCAGAACACAAGCAACCACUCCACGAGCAAGUGUAAGUGUGCCAGCACUGCAGUAGAAACCGUGUGCCAGUGCCUAGAACCCGCAAACAGUGGCCCAAUCUUUGAACACAAAAUCAGAGAUUCGUAGAGACUUUCGAAGGAUGAUUCAGAGAAAGAAGUUUUCGGUGCUGUCAGCAAGAACUGUCAUCUUAGUUAUCAUCAUAGUGUGCGAGAGGAUGUGAGAACAGUUGCGAUGUCAAAUCAUCAACAUUAGUGCAAAGCCAGAACUGUAAAAAGAAAUGCAGCGAAAACUUAUAAGUGGCUUAACUGUAAGCUACGGUAUGACAGUAUGUAAAAAUGUAUAUAAGAUUGCAUCUAAUUUUAUUUUGAAGUUAAAAGUGAAUAUUAAUUUGUAAUUUAGGAUGCAAAUCUAUGUUAAAGGGGGGGUGAAAUGCUAUUUCAUGCAUACUGAGUUUUUUACACUGUUAAAGAGUUGGAUUCCCAUGCUAAACAUGGACAAAGUUUCAAAAAUUAAAUUGUACGUUUGAAGGAGUAUUUCUGUUCCAAAAAUACUCCUUCCGGUUUGUCACAAAUUUCGGAAAGUUUUUUUCGAGUUUGGCUCUGUGUGACGUUAGAUGGAGCGGAAUUUCCUUAUAUGGGUCCUGAGGGCACUUCUGCCGGAAGAGUGCGCGCUCCCGUAUAGCAGAGCACUGAGAGCACAACAGACUUCACUGAUCAGAGCGAGAGCGUCGCGAAAAGUCACAAAAGGAGUGUGUUUUUGGUUGCCAGGGCAAGACAACCCUGCACAGAUUACCAAAAGAGAAACAGCAUUAAGGGACCAGUGGAUGGAGUUUAUUUUUACAGAGCAUCAACUGAGUUGUGCAAGUGUUUGUGUUUGUUCCCCUGCAUUUCGAAGAUGCUUGUUUUACAAACAAGGCCCAGUUUGACGCCGGGUUUGCACAUCAUUUAUUUCUUAAGGAUAAUGCAGUCCCAACGAAAAAGGGUCACGAUCGUGUGUUGGAACCGCAGGCUGUGAGUAAAACUGCUUCAAAUAUCUCUGUGUUGUUAACUUAGCUAUCAGCGCGUAAGCACAUCAAGUAAACAAAAUGCGAUGUUGUCAUCAAACUGCACUUUCCACAUGUACAGCUUAAAAAAAAAAGAAAAAGAUGACAUAAAGUGGAAAUUUGUCAUUUUCCAAAACCGCUAAGCAAAUAUAUACAGUUUUAGUACAUACCACAUAGAGAUGUCGUUUGCUGAUGCUGCUCUUGUUAAAUUUCAGCCUCUGGAUCUGUGUCACAGCUUCCAGACGCUCUCAACGCAAAAGCCUACUGGUGCUCGUGAUUCUUUAGCUCCGCCCACACGUCACGCCUCCAGCCGGUCGUGUUUUUCCGUGAAAAAUCAGUACAGACUAUCUUUCUCAUAUGAAUAUAAUAAAACUAAAGACUUUUUGGAGUUAUGAAGGAUGCAGUACUACUCUAUAGGUACUCAAGAUUAACAGGAGAUUGAGUGAAAAUGAGCAUUUCACCCCCCCUUUAAAGACUUUUAUAUAUGUACUUUUAUAUAUGUACUUUUAAAGUGAAGUGAACAUUAUUUUACCAAAUUAAAUCUCCCAACUUGUGAAGGGAAAUGUCACGCGAUUAGUUUUGUAAAACAGUAAUACUUUUCUUGUUUGUUUCACCAUAAUAUCCCCACAAUGCAAUGAAAUUGUAAAGCUAUUGAUUUAAAAAAGUAAUAAUAAUAAUAAAAAACAUAAGAAGAGGAUAGGGGUGCAUAUAUGUAAUCAUUGAUGAUAAAAAUGUCCCCACGAUCUGCUUUUGAAGAAAUAUUGUAAUAUUGUGCUACAGCGCACAUUCUAUCAGCUGCAGUUCUGGAGCCUCCGUCAUAUACUGUAAAACACCACAUGCACUUCACAGAAGUGUUAACUCAGCAGAAGAGUUACUGCCUCAUUAUAUGCAUGUGCUUUUAAAUGUUUCAUUAGCACUCUGGUCAGUAAACAGUUGAGAUAAAAACAUAUAUGUGCCUGUAUAUUAGAUGUGUGCAGGUCUUAAAGGGACAGUAUGCCUAUUAAACAUGCAGCCUACUGUAAUUACAGGGAUAGAUCACCUUAAAAUGUCAUUUCUGUCAGUAUUUACACACUGUAACAUUGUCCCAAACCUGUAUUAAUUUCUUUCUUGUGCUGAAUACAAAAGAAGAUAUUUUGCAGAAUGUGGGUAACCAAACAGUUGCUGAUCCACACUGAAUUUGAAAGUAGCAAAAAAUACUCUGGAAGUCACUGUGGACCAGAAAGUUUUUGGUUUUGCACGUUUCUUUUCUUUCUUGUUACCUUGAAAUGCAUUGUCUUUAUAAUAUGGACAUUAGUUUGGCUGUAAUGCUCAGACAACUUGCAAAAUAGUCAAACCAACAUGACAAAGAAUUGUGAUAAAAUCAUAAAACGCUAAGUUAUGGUGUCUCUUUACAAUAAGGUAUCAUUUGCGAGUAAAUGUUGAAAUUAACAUUAAAUAACAAUGAGCAAUACAUUUGUUACAAUAUGCAUCAAUCUGUGAUACUGUUAAAAAAAACAACUGUUAAUUUGUUCGCUCAUGUUAGCUCUGAUCCAUUAAAUAAUGUCAACAGGCACAACUUUUAUUCUUAAUAAUGUAUUAGUAAAUGUUGAAAUGAACUAGGUUAAUAUAUUAACUACAGUUAAUUAAGGUUAAUGUUAAGUAUUUGCCAUGUUAGGUCAUGUUGGGUAGGUAACUAAUGUUAACAAGUGAAACCCUAUUGUAAAUUUGUUAUUUUUGUUUAUACUUGUUACAUUUUAGUCACCAAGAAUGAAUAGCCUAAAUGCAAGGGUAAUUUCGCUAAAUAUUAUGUUUUAUAUAUAUACUUUCUGUAUAACUCUCUCUCUCU